AUGGAUACAUGGGAAAUGGCUAUUGCGACACUUAAUACAUUUAUUUGUUUACAAGUUGUCAUCCAUGAUAAAAUCUUAUAUGUUGCUAACUAUCAUAUGCCGUGUUUCUGCCAAAUACCUGAUCUCAUGGAAAUCCAUUCGUCUGUUGUGAAAGAUCUGAUGUUUGAAUUAGAAGCUGGUCACAACUUUAUUUUAACUGGUGAUUUCAACAUCAAACCUAUGAAAAUCUGUUAUCGAAUUCUAACGGAAAAAGUUUCUGAUGUUAAUCUUCUACCAGAAUCAAAUAUUUAUGAAAUAUCUUAUCGACCGAACACCGACCAAAUAUUGAAGAGUGUAUAUCGUGAAAAAAAUGGAGUCGAACCUGUUUAUACUAAUGAUAGAGAUGUGCCUAAAUCACCUCAUUUCUGUGCUACACUUGACUAUAUCUUUUUUGAAGGUCAUCUUACCGUAGAGAAAGUAUUAGAAUUACCGGAUCAACCUAUGAGUGAAUCUUAUCUAGAUGAGACACAUCCUUCGGAUCAUUUGCUAAUCGCGACAUCAUUUCGAUUAUUAUAG